AUGAGCGAGAAGAAAAGCGAUCAAUCGAUAAUCAAACCUCUGGAAAACAACGCCGUGUUCUUGUGCGGCGAUUUAGACGAUCUCGCCGUCGAAUCGUUGUGGAAUGAGUUUGGCAUCCAAUCGUGGUUGUAUCUGAACCCCGAGAGGAACGAGUGGAAUCCUCGAGCGAAAGUCCGUUCGUUCGAACGGAAGGAAGAAGGACGAGAAGAGAAGACUCGCUUUAAAGUCAUCCCAAUCGACGGGACGAAUUUGAACGAACAUUUGAAAAACGAUUUACUGGAGUACAUGCGAACGGAGUUUAAAACGCCCGCGGUGAUUCAGUGUUCGACAGCCACACGAGCGGGCAUUCCGUACGUGUUAUAUUUGGCGGAGAAGUUCUCGCUCUCGUUCGAGACGGCGAUGCGGGUGGCGAGAGAUAUGGAAUUGAACGUGACGACGAGAGAGAAUUUCGUGCAGUUUUUAAAACGAAGCAUCGAGAAGAAGAGCCUCUCGGAUUCGGAGGUGAUAUUUCGACAGUUGUUUGAGAAAGAGAGCUCGACGUAUACGUACCUUCUCGGGUGCGCGGAGACGCGGGAGUGUUUACUCAUCGAUCCGGUUUUAGAGACCGUGGAGAGGGAUUUGAGGGUGGUUGAUGAGUUAGGACUGAAGCUGAAGCUCUGCGUGAACACGCACUGUCACGCGGACCACAUCACCGGGUCCGGGGAGAUUAAGAAAAUGAGGAAAGAGGUGAAGAGCGUGAUUAGUAAAAGAGCCGGGGCGAUGGCGGACGUGCUCAUCGACGAAGGCGACGUGGUCCAAGUCGGGACGUCGGUCAAGUUGAAGUGCUUGGCCACGCCUGGGCACACGGACGGGUGCGUGAGCUUUGUUUUAGGAGACAACACGGACGUGUUCACCGGCGACGCGUUGUUAAUUCGCGGGUGCGGGAGGACGGAUUUUCAAGGCGGGUCCUCCGAGACGUUAUUCGACGGCGUCACCGGGAAGUUGUUCGGCGGGUUGCCGGAUACUUGCAAAGUUUGGCCAGCGCACGAUUAUAAAGGGAGGAUGGUGUCUACAAUUGGAGAAGAGAAACGGUUGAACCCGAGGUUAGGCGCGGGGAAGACGAAGGAGGAGUUUGUCCAAAUUAUGAAAGAUUUAAAUUUACCGUAUCCGAAGAAAAUAGACGCUUCGUUGCCGAGAAAUUUGAAGUGCGGCGCGGAAGAAUGA